UUUAAUAAUAAAUAUUACGUCAGACAACGAGGAUUUGUGACACCCGGUGUAUGGAGUGGGUGUGGUUAUUUAAGCAGUAACAGGUGCAUUGUGUUCUUCAGUUUCCACUUGCAUUUGUUGAUCUGACGGAGUUGCAUUUAAUUGCUUUUUCACAGUUCUUCCGUCAGCGGGCAGAAUGGUUGCACCAAGUAAAGAGCAGGCCGCAUAUGCCCCAAAACGAAUAGGGGGAGUGAACAUAAUGCAUGUUAUGUAUAGUUUUGUAAAAAAGUUAGGGACAGUUGCGUUGGUGUAUGCGCUUGGGUACAUGGAAUUCAGUAUAGCGUGGCUGAUAGGACCUAUCGUAUUAUCUGUCAUAAGAGAUGAGUGGAAAAAAGAGAAAGAGCUCCAACGAAACAUUGCCAAAGCAUCAGCAUUGUGCCAGGAAAAAGAAGUAAUUCUGGCAAGAGUCGACGAACUACCAAGCUGGGUCUUCUUCCCCGAUGUGGAAAGAGUUGAAUGGGUUAAUAAGAUCCUUCGUCAAGUUUGGCCAAAUGUAAAUCACUAUGCUAAAGAUAUCCUUAAAAACACUAUUGAACCAAGCAUCAGAGAAAGCUUAGUUGCUUACCACUUAAAUGGCUUCCAUUUUGAGAAAAUGGUAUUGGGUAGUAUUCCCCUGAGGAUUGGUGGUGUGAAGGUAUAUGACCAGAAUGUUCCACGGGACCAAAUUAUUUUGGAUAUGGAUGUUUCGUACGCUGGUGACUGUGAUAUAUCUUUUAGUAUUGGUGGAAUCAAAGGAGGCAUUAAAGAUUUACAGAUACAAGGAAAUGUGAGGACAGUGAUGAGACCCCUCAUAUCCACAGUGCCACUGAUUGGAGGACUUCAGGUAUUUUUCUUGCGUCACCCAACAAUAGACUUCAAUUUAGUUGGUGUGGCUGAUGUCCUGGAUAUGCCUGGCCUUAGCGAUCUCUUGCGACGCAUUGUUGUAGAAGCUGUUGGAAACAUUAUGGUACUUCCAAACAAAAUAGCAAUUACGCUAAGUGAUGCAGUCCCAGCAUUGAGUUUGAAGAUGCCAGACCCUGAGGGUGUGGUUCGUAUACAUGUAGUUGAAGCCAAGAAUUUGAUGAAAAAGGAUAUGAAGAUGCUUGGAAUGGGAAAGUCUGAUCCAUAUUGUAUAGUGUCAAUUGGAGGUAAAACAUUUCGUACUCAGACAAUUGAUAACACCCUGAAUCCAAAAUGGGACUUCUGGUGUGAGAGCAUCGUGUUUGACUCACGCAGCCAAGAGCUUCUGUUGCAUCUGAUGGAUUAUGAUGACUCUUCAGCGGAUGAAAGUCUUGGCAGAGCCACUGUUGAACUAAGUCAGGUGACCAAAAAAGGAAAAGUUGGAAUGUGGCUGACUUUAGAAGGAGCAAAGCGUGGCAUGGUACAUGUUCGUAUGACCUGGUUAACUCUGAGUAAGGACAAGAAUGACCUCGCAGCAGCAUUGCAAGAAACACAAAUGCUGAGAGUUACUUCCAUGAGCACUGCUGUCCUGGUUGUUUUUGUGGAUUCAAUUAAAAACCUGCCUAAAGCACGCACUACUAGUCUGCCAGAUCCAUAUGUUACGUUGACAGUGGGAAACACUACAGAGCAGACUGUAAGUCAGUUCCGUACAGUUCACCCUGUUUGGGAACAGGGCUUUACUUUCCUUGUCAGCAAUCCUGAAAAUGACACACUUUAUAUCAAGGCUAUUGACAGUAAAACAACACAAGAACUUGGAGUGUUUGUGUACAAUGUGUCUACACUUCUUCAGAAGAUGGAUAUGGAAGUGGAGAAACAGCCAUUUUCACUCAGUAAAUCUGGUCCUGAAAGCACAAUUUACCUGGCUAUGCAUUUACGGAUACUGAAAUAUGAGGAAAAAGACACAAAUGAAGAAGAUGAAGAGGAACCCACAGAAGGAGGAGACACUGAAACUGACACUGCUACAGCACCUUUGUUGGAUAAACGCAGUCCCACUCAAUUAUCUGAGGGAUCUGAAUCAUCAGUGGAAGCAAGUCCAGCAAAGGAGCCUGCUGUGAAAACUGAACUUGAUCGUACUGAGUCAAUGAAAUCAGCUACAGAAGAAAUUAUAAUACCAGCAGCAGCAUCCCCUGGUGUGCAGGCUUCUCCAGACUUGCGCCAGCGAAGUCCCAGUGCUACCUCAUCUGCUGGAGAAUAUAACUUGGGCCGAAUCCAGUUGACACUUCGCUACAGCCAGCAGCGUCAGAGAUUAAUUGUUGUUGUCCACAGGGUUGUUAAUCUGCCACUGAAGGAUCCAAACAGUAUCCCUGAUCCAUAUGUGAAGCUGUAUCUGCUUCCAGAACGUUCCAAGGAUUCCAAACGAAAAACUGAUACGCUGAAGGACAACUGCAACCCUGUUUAUGAUGAAACAUUUGAAUAUCUUAUCUCUCAGGCUGACAUGCGAAAUAGGCAACUAGAGGUUUCUGUUGUUACUCGAAAAGGAUUCUUGCAGCAGAGUCCUACCAUGGGCCAGGUUGUGCUGGAUCUGAAGAAUAUGGAUCUAAAUGAGGCAAAGACAAUGUGGCUUGACUUGUGUCCAGAAACUUCCAGGGAAGCAUAAAUUCCCUUUUCAUCUAUGGCCUUUCACUUAAACACUUAAUAUCGCAGAGAUAACCACUGUCAGAUUCUAGGAAAAUUAUGUCAAUGAAGGUGUAAUCUGCCAUAAGCCAUGAAAAAGUGAAAGAAAAUGGAUCUGUAAUUCUCACAUGGAGUCUUUAAAGCUUUUUUCAAGUGAUGCUGUGCAAACACAAACUUGCAGAAGCAGCAUUUUAUGUGUAAUUAUAGGUAUUUCUUCAAACAAAAAAAUAUUUGUGCAUUUCUUUUUUACUAAUCAAGUACCUAGUAAUAGACAAAGCUUUUAUAAAAAAAUUCAGUGUGUAUUGUGCAAUAAUAUAAAAGUUAAAUAGUUUAGGAAAUGAAGUGUUGCUCUUUGUGUUUCUAUGUGUGUAAUUUAUUGUGUUGUAAUCAAAAUGACAAAAGCAUGACUUACAUGAAAUGUAUGAGCACAGCAAGGAUUAAUUCAAAGUAAUUGGCACUCUGUUAUGAAAUGUGAUUGUUAAGAAGUUAUUGCUGUUACGUUUUGUGUUAUCCUAAUAUUUAAAUAUAUUUAUUCAUACAGUA